AGUGUACAGUGCAGCCGUCGCAGAGUGCAGUCGGGGGACCACGUGAGAUAAAAUCUUGCACAGAAAACAAUCUCUAGUAUGGCCGCCUUACGUGCAGCCAAGCAGGCUUUGAGAAAAGAAAUAAAGAAACGAGUUGCGGCGCUCGGGGACCAGGAGAAACUCCGUCAAUCUCAUGUCGUUACGCAAAAGCUACUCAAGCAUCCCAAAUAUGAGAGCUCUCGGAGAAUAGCGGUGUUCCUCAGCAUGAAUGACGAGGUCCGCACAGAGGAGAUCAUAGAGGACAUGUUUAGAAGGGGCAAGGAGUGCUUCAUCCCCAAAUACCUGACCAACAGCAGCCACAUGGACAUGCUGAGCCUGGCUGAGGCCAAGGACAUCCAGUCUCUGCCCAUCACAUCCUGGAACAUACGGCAGCCUGGAGACGACGAGGUGAGAGAGGAGGCAUUGGCCACAGGAGGUCUGGAUCUCAUCCUGAUGCCCGGCUUGGGCUUCGACAAGAGCGGGAACCGUCUGGGUCGAGGUAAAGGAUUCUAUGACACCUACCUGGAGCGGUGCAUGAGGCACCCCAAAGGCAAGCCCUACACCAUCGGCCUGGCCUUCAAGGAGCAGAUCUGCAAGGAGGUCCCGGUGGAUGACAACGACAUUCACAUCGACGAGGUCCUGUACGAGGACGCGUAGACCGAUCGAACGAUGGGACCGCGGCGGCGUUUCAUCUUCUGCAGCCCCCGUGCUCAAUUAGGGGGACGUCCUCUCGCAUCAAGUGCCUUUUAAGACUCAGAUAAUCAUUAUUCUCUCCGUCUUGUCUCUGAGAGAUUAUGCGAUUCAAAUUGGAUUAAUCUGUGCCAAUAAUGGUCUCCCAUUUCAUGAGACCAUUUCAUUAAUCUGCAUGUCCUUACUUUCCCCAGGCUGCCCAACCCUCUAUGUUCAAGUAACCAACUGCCUCAGACCUUAUGUUGACAAAGUAAAUUACAAUGUUAAUGCUGGCUGCAGUGGAAAAAUCAGAUUUUGUAUUUUCUGGCUGCUGUAAAAAGUCUGAUAUACUUAAUUUCAUCACUGUGAUAAUUGACCAGAAAGCAUGUGUUUCUCUCUGUCUGUUUUAUUCAGUCCAGGCCAAAUUUGUGAAUGGAUGUAGCCUGAGAAUUUUGUCUUUUUAUGAAAUUAUGCGGUAUAAUGUAGCUCAAAUGAGCGGAUUGAAGAUGUAGAAAAUAAAGCAACAGCGCCAAA